CCGGCUCGUCCCCUCCCUGGGCCGGGCGGGCCUGCGCGGCGGUCCCGGGACUGGGCCCGCGCGGGGGCGCGGAGCGGGGGCCGGGCGCGCCCCCGGGGAGGACCGCGCGGAUCGCAGGCUCCGCUCAGGACGCGGGAGGCGAGCGCGGCCCACGGAACUUCUGUGGGUCGCGACUGUUUGCGAACCCUUGCGGAGCUGCUGUCACUUGGCGUACGGGAGGCUCUCCGGGCCGGGGCGCUUUGUGCCGGAGCCGGACUCCGCAUCCUGUCCGAGAUCACCGGCCCCGGAAACAAAGUUUCUCACGAUCGCGCUGCCCUGGGCUUAUUCUGGGCGAUCGAACCACCCAGCGGUUCUGGAAGAAUUCGGUGUGUGACUUGAGGGCGUAGACGGUAACUCCCCUGGUGAGCGCAGUCGGCGUGGAGUGUGCGGGGGGUGUGAUCGCAAAACGCUUUCGUUUGUGGACCGUGGAGAUCGCCCUGGAAGGGCUGCGCGAGUGCCCGGGGGUUCCGGACUCACUGGCGUCUCUACAGCGCGGGGGACAAAGCAGGAGCGGGCGCGUGUCGGCCUCUGGCACCCAGGACAGGUCAGGUCGGCAGUGUCCCCCGUAUUUGGCUUUGUUUAUUUUGCCAACAGGUUUAAGGCUGAACCUGGCAAGUUUGCGUCUGCACAGCGGGAUGAGCAGGCCGCAGCGCUGGGCCCGCGCAGGCCCACCCCUUCCUUUGACCCCAAAGAAACUGCACCCUGAGAGGCCACCGUGUGUGGCUUGCGGGACCCACAGAUUUCCCAUGUUCCUUUUCUACAAGUGAUUUCCCAGAUCAUAACCCUCCGCUGAGGUUUGAGUUGGAUUUGAGAAUUUGGAGAAUUCCUGCAGCUUGGUGACUUCGCGGGUGCUGUCAGUUGAAGAAUUCACUUGCGGAGGAGCUCCGUGUGUGCGUCCUGUCUCAUAACUGAGUGCCGAAGGACUCCAUGAAAGAUGACAGAGGAGGUCAUCGUCAUAGCCAAGUGGGACUACACGGCGCAGCAGGACCAGGAGCUGGACAUCAAGAAGAACGAGCGCCUGUGGCUGCUGGACGACUCCAAGACCUGGUGGCGGGUGCGCAACGCGGCCAACAGGACAGGCUACGUGCCGUCCAACUACGUGGAGAGGAAGAACAGCCUGAAGAAGGGCUCCCUCGUGAAGAACCUCAAGGACACGCUCGGCCUCGGCAGGACCCGCAGGAAGACAAGCGCCCGAGAUGCAUCGCCCACACCCAGCAUGGACGCGGAGUUCCCCGCCAACGGAGGCGGCGCCGACCGCAUCUACGACCUCAGCAUCCCGGCCGUGGUCAAGUUCGCGUACGCGGCCGAGCGCGAGGACGAGCUGUCGCUGGUGAAGGGCUCGCGCGUCACCGUCAUGGAGAAGUGCAGCGACGGCUGGUGGCGGGGCAGCUACAACGGGCAGGUGGGCUGGUUCCCAUCCAACUACGUGCUGGAGGAGCUGGACGAGGCGGCCGCCGACGCGCCCGGGGGCCCGAGCCUGCGGCCCAGCGCCGCGCUCAGCAACGGCCAGGGCGCGCGGGUCCUGCACGUGGUGCAGACGCUGUAUCCCUUCAGCUCGGUCACCGAGGAGGAGCUCAACUUCGACAAGGGCGAGACCAUGGAGGUGAUCGAGAAGCCCGAGAACGACCCCGAGUGGUGGCGCUGCCGCAACGCGCGCGGCCAGGUCGGCCUGGUGCCCAAGAACUACGUGGUGGUGCUGAGCGAGGGCCCGGCCCUGCACGCCGGCUCUGGCCCCUCGGGGCCUGCGCGCGCCGGCCGGUUCGCGGGCCGCGAGUGGUACUACGGGAACGUGACGCGCCACCAGGCCGAGUGUGCGCUCAACGCGCGGGGCGUGCAGGGCGACUUCCUCGUCCGCGACAGCGAGUCCUCGCCCAGUGACUUCUCCGUGUCUCUCAAAGCAUCAGGGAAGAACAAGCAUUUCAAGGUGCAGCUGGUGGACAACGUCUACUGCAUCGGGCAGCGGCGCUUCCACACCAUGGACGAGCUGGUGGAUCACUACAAGAAGGCCCCCAUCUUCACCAGCGAGCACGGGGAGAAGCUCUACCUCGUCCGGGCGCUGCAGUGAGCCCAGUGGACGCGCCCCGGAAAGGCGCCCCGGCCCGGGCCCUCCCGCAGGCCCGCUCCCGGUGGCCGCCCCGUCCUUGCUCUCUCCAGCUGGUUUCCCUUUCUGUCCGGGCGGUUCGUUUGCCAUCUGCCCUCCUUUGCCGUCCCAGGCCCUCCUGGACGGUUUUGGUGACGGGGAGGUGAAAGGGGACGAGUCAGAUCACUUUAUUCCUUCUCCGUGGGAGCCAGCCUUAGUCUGUUCAAAUCGCUCGUGCCAGCCAACCCCCCCUUUAAAGACAUCGGGCGCGGUUUGGGUGCACCGGAGCCGCCCUUACUUCCGUGAGCCACAGCGCACGUGACAGCGGGGCCGGGCCCUGGGUGGCACCUGCCCAGGGACCACCUGUCCUGGUCCCGACAUCCCUGGAUCUGUGUCAUUUGCGUUCACACAGCUCCCAGACUCUCCGGGGGUGACCCCGGGCACUCGUAGCAAUACUGGAACCACCGGGUGAGACGGGAGGGAAGAAGCUGUCCAGUGCCUUUGGGGCUGCACCUGCAAUAAAGAAAAGAGGUCCUGGAAAGUCGGUCCGGAGAAUCGGAAAGACAGAGGUUUCGGAAAUGUUCCCCCAAGAGAUGCCAUCUGCAUAUAGUGCUUUUUCCUCUUGCCCUUCGGCUCGUUUCAAUCUCACAAUGAUGUAUUUAAUUCUCAAAGUAAUAUGUAUCUAUAGCCAUUUGUUGACACUAAUACAGAUGAUUAAGGAAAACAGCUGAUCUUUGGGAAAGGGGAGCGACCAACACUUCACACACACAUACACUAUAUAUAUAUAUAUAAAAUUUGCUUUACAGGGAAAUUCUUCAGGGUUUACAAAAGGAUAUGUGAUUGGUAGUAGGAGACACAGAAUGUUUAUGAAGAAAUUGCAUUUUCUUUUUUCUUUACAUUUGAACUCCUUUAUAGUUUAAAUAUACACUCUUGAGAUGGGCACAUUCCUACAGCUGAGGAAGGGGUCUUGAGACCUCCUAAACUUGCAUACUCAGUUUUUUGGAUAUUGUAAUAAAAAAGUAUUAUGACACGA